GCGAAGGCGGGGGGGUACGAGAACAGGGUGGUGGUGACGUGCAUCCGCAGCGGCGAGUCUCGCCCCUUCCGCCAGCUGCAGCAGCCCGACAAGUCGCCCAUGAGGGGCCUCCGCGCCUCACCCUCCGGCAGGUACCUGCUCAUCCUCUUCCGUGACGCGCCAGCUGAAGUGUGGGCCAUGACUCGCGCACCCCAGAUGCUGCGCUCCCUGGCGCUGCCCUUCACAGUGAUGGAGUGGGCGCUGCCGCCCGUCACCACGCUCGACCCACACUCCGCCACACAGCGCCACAUGCACGACGACGACUUCCCGGCGUCGCCAACAUCAGCGGCGCUGCUGGCCGCCACGCCGCGCUCCGCGUCGGACCCCAUCGAGUCCUUCGCCUUCGCCCUCGUCAACGGCUCGCUCGGCGUCUUUGAGCUGCGAGGGAAGCGCGUCCGUGACUUCCGGCCCAAGUGGCCGUCAGCAUCGUUCGUGGCGGUGGACGUGCUGGUCACAGCCAUGGCGUACCGCACCCCCGUCGUCGCGCUGGGGGACAAGGCGGGGGUGCUGCGGUGGUGGGACGUGGCGUCGGGGGCAGCAGGCACACACGCACUCAACCGAGGGGCCAUCCGACGGCUCAGAUUCGCCCCCACGCUCGUGAGCUCGAGCAGCUGCGGUCGGAUCGCCGUCAUGUUCAACGACUACACCUUCGCCCUCUUUGACCUGGACGAGGGGGAGUUUGUACCGGGGGCGAUGCCGUCGGAGGCAGCGGCAGCACUGCAGGUGCUGGAGAUGGACUGGCUGCCGCUGCAGGGCCCCUCGCCCACAGGGCCCUCUGCCGCCCGCCAGCUGCUGUGCGUGGCGGCUGCUGACGGCACCGUGCGCCUGCUCGACAUGGCCACGAGCAUGCAGUCAACGCUUGGCAUGGGCGCAGUAUCCAUUGCCCUGCAGUCAACGCUUGGCAUGGGCGCAGUAUCCAUUGCCCUGCAGUCAACGCUUGGCAUGGGCGCAGUAUCCAUUGCCCUGCAGUCAACGCUUGGCAUGGGCGCAGUAUCCAUUGCCCUGCAGUCAACGCUUGGCAUGGGCGCAGUAUCCAUUGCCCUGCGUGCAUCUCUCUCCACCCGCGAACCAUUCCAGAUUGCCCCUCCCCCCCUGCCUCUCAUCGCCCUCCCCCCAUUGCCUCUCAUCGCCCUCCCCCCAUUGCCUCUCAUCGCCCUCCCCCCAUUGCCUCUCAUCGCCCUCCCCCCAUUGCCUCUCAUCGCCCUCCCCCCAUUGCCUCUCAUCGCCCUCCCCCCAUUGCCUCUCAUCGCCCUCCCCCCAUUGCCUCUCAUCGCCCUCCCCCCAUUGCCUCUCAUCGCCCUCCCCCCAUUGCCUCUCAUCGCCCUCCCCCCAUUGCCUCUCAUCGCCCUCCCCCCAUUGCCUCUCAUCGCCCUCCCCCCAUUGCCUCUCAUCGCCCUCCCCCCCCUGCCUCUCAUCGCCCUCCCCCCAUUGCCUCUCAUCGCCCUCCCCUCAACAACCGUCGCCAUGCCACGCCCAUACCCCCCCAGCAACGCGCCGUUGAAGCAGCCGUUCUACCGCCCGCCCGCCUCGCGCCUGGCGGUGUGGCACCGCUUCCGCCCCUCGCCGCUCUGCUCCGUCGCCCUCAUGCCCGCGCCCUGCGCUCUGGUGCGUGCUGCCCUGCGCUCUGGUGCGUGCUGCCCUGCGCUCUGGUGCGUGCUGCCCUGCGCUCUGGUGCGUGCUGCCCUGCGCUCUGGUGCGUGCUGCCCUGCGCUCUGGUGCGUGCUGCCCUGCGCUCUGGUGCGUGCUGCCCUGCGCUCUGGUGCGUGCUGCCCUGCGCUCUGGUGCGUGCUGCCCUGCGCUCUGGUGCGUGCUGCCCUGCGCUCUGGUGCGUGCUGCCCUGCGCUCUGGUGCGUGCUGCCCUGCGCUCUGGUGCGUGCUGCCCUGCGCUCUGGUGCGUGCUGCCCUGCGCUCUGGUGCGUGCUGCCCUGCGCUCUGGUGCGUGCUGCCCUGCGCUCUGGUGCGUGCUGCCCUGCGCUCUGGUGCGUGCUGCCCUGCGCUCUGGUGCGUGCUGCCCUGCGCUCUGGUGCGUGCUGCCCUGCGCUCUGGUGCGUGCUGCCCUGCGCUCUGGUGCGUGCUGCCCUGCGCUCUGGUGCGUGCUGCCCUGCGCUCUGGUGCGUGCUGCCCUGCGCUCUGGUGCGUGCUGCCCUGCGCUCUGGUGCGUGCUGCCCUGCGCUCUGGUGCGUGCUGCCCUGCGCUCUGGUGCGUGCUGCCCUGCGCUCUGGUGCGUGCUGCCCUGCGCUCUGGUGCGUGCUGCCCUGCGCUCUGGUGUGUGCUGCCCUGCGCUCUGGUGCGUGCUGCCCUGCGCUCUGGCUGGAUGUCCUGAGGCUGCCAUCACGCCUUCCACUGCCCUUCCCCUCGCUCUCCCGCUUCCUUCCACCACCUCGUCCCCUUCUCUUUUGCCUGUCCCCACUUGCCCGUUCGUCCUCCCCCGUGCAUGCGUGCACGUGCCAGGCGUUGCGCCUGCUGCUGCAGAUGGGCAUGCAGCCCGCAUGGCUGGAGGCACCACUGCCCGCGGGCGCCCAGGGGGAUGGGGGCGAGCUGGGCGAGGGGCAGGGCGAGGGGGACGAGGAGGCGGGCAAGGAGGGCAGGGCACGGGGCGAUCUGCUGGCGUACGUGCUGCACCGCGGGCAGCUGGCGGGUGGGGUGGGCGACCCCGCCAUGGCGGAGGUGCUGCUCAAGGGGCUGCAGCCCAUGCGCAUGGCAGGUAGGCGGCACGUGGGCGGCAAGAGUAUCGCAGGGCAGCUGAUGGGGGUGGAGGCGGCGAGGGCGUACAGCAAGGUGUGGGGGGGCGGGGUGGCGGCGCGCUGUGCGUGUGUGGCGGCGCACUACGGGGACAUUCAAGAGGCGCACUUCUGGCUGCUGCUGCCGCAUGCCCUGCGCCUCCUCGCCCAGGUCUGUCCUCACCUCUCUGCCCUCCUCGCCCAGGUCUGUCCUCACCUCUCUGCCCUCCUCGCCCAGGGUUCAGCAGGACCACACGCCUUCUGGCCGCCCGACACUGCCGCUGACGCCACCACCGCCACCACCGCCGACGCUGGUAGUGGUGGUAGCGGUGCUGGUGGCACAGCAGGCCCGAGUGGUGACGAGGCGGAGAGAGAGGCAGGGGGGAGUGGAGAGGGGGACCAAAGGCAAGACAGCGCAGAGAGUGGGAGGGCUGCUUCAGAAGAAGAAGGAGAAGGGAAGCAGCAGCAGCAGCGGCAGGAGCAGCAGUGGAAGAGAGGCCUCGCCCUUGAUGCAGCAGCAGGGGCGGGCGGGAAGGGGUACGGGGAGGAGGCGGUGGGGGAGGAGGUGGAGGUGUGGGGGGACGAGAUGGGCGUGCGGCGCAUGGCACUGGAGCGCAUCCACUGGCACAGCCAGGUCACCGGCGCUGAUGCUGCCAGCAAGCGCGUGCACGAGUUCAUCAUGGUGGGCGAUCUGGAGGCGGCGGUGACGCUGCUGCUGGCCACGCCGUUCGACUCGCCCGCCUUCCACCGCGACGCCCUUCGUGCCGUGGCACUCGCCACUGCUGUCUCGCCCUCCAUGCACCACCUGGCUGCCAAGGUGGUGGCGACCAACAUGGUGCUGGCGGGGGAGCCGCUCACAGCCGUGCACUUGCUCUGCUCCAUCGCCCAGUAUGCCGACGCCUGCACGCAGCUGCAAGCCAUUGGUCGAUGGGUUGAUGCAUCAACACUCGCAGCUUGCCACCUGUCAGGCGCUGAUAGGGCCAAGGUGCUGCAUCGGUGGGCGCAGCACACCCUUAAAAACGAGCAUGACCUGUGGCGUGCGGUGACGCUGUUUGUGGCAGCGGGCAGUCUGACAGCAGCGCUGAGGGCGCUGAGGGAGGCCCACCAGCCCGACACCGCCAUGAUGCUGCUGCUCGCCUGCCACCACGCCCACGCCCAUCUCACACCACCGCCCCGCCGCCUCACUGCCACCACCACCGCACCCGUGGCGAUCGGGCGGCACCUUCCGGCCAUGCCUGCUGGAGAGGCGGAUGUGGGCGGGAAGCAGGGCGUGGGAGGUGAAGAUGGGAGGGAGGGAGGAGAGGGGGAGGGAGGACGGGAGGUACGGGGGGGACGGGAGGUACGGGGGGGACGGGAGGGAGGGGAGGGAGGGGAGGGAUGGAAGGGGGAGGAGGGAGAGGAAGGAGUGGAUGGGCCGCUGUGGCUACCGGGUGAUUUGAGGACGCACGGGGAGGAGGAGGUGCAGGUGGUGUGUGGGCUCUUCUCUCAGCACCAGCGCUGGCUCGCUCACCUCUGUGCUCCACAUGGCUCCGACUGA